AUGUCUGCCGCAUCAUGUUUCGUGUAUACCUUGAGCUUUUCACUCCCAGAGGUGUUCCGAAAUGCCCUCACAGUCUUACGUAUCGACUACAGCAUUAUGCGAUACUUCAAGAAACCACCAAGAUUUACCCCGCACCACUCAAAGGGGGUUGAGGGAUUGAAGCUUGUUAUUGUCCAAAAUUGCCCGCGCAGGUCGCUUGCCCACGUGCGUGCGGUGUUCGAGAACCAUGAUAUCAAGGUUUAUUGCGAGUUCGCUACAGAAUGA